UGCUGGACAAAAUAGCAGAAAGUUAUCCCAAAGAUUUUGAAAGUCGCUUUCAAGACAUAAUUGACUUAUUAGUUGGGUGGUAUAUCGAUACGUCUGUUUCAGACUCAUUACAUCUGCAGAUUGCUGACUUAUUUAAAAAAUUGCGUCCUUUCUGGUCACAACAUCUGGAUUUUGCAUAUGAAUUGAUGAGUCAUUUCUUGGUAGAUAUGGAAGCACUCUCCAGAGGGAUGAUUUCUCCAGAGGGAUCUCAGGUUGACAAUGACGAGAUCAAGAAUGUCAUUCCCACUAACUUAAAAGUAUUGUUAAGCUGUUUUCAAGCGGUGACAGCGGCCAUUGUUCCAGUUCUUUCGCAAAAAUUGGAGGACGUACACACCAUUAAUGAUUCUAAUGCGGACAGUGACCAUCCAUUUGAUCGUUUACGUUCUUCAAUAGUAAAUUUCAUAUUAACUAUUGGUGAAACUUAUAUGGAUACUGAAUGGUUUGAGAAAGGUAUUCAGACAAUUUUGGCCUUAAGCGUUCCAAGAAAAGAACAUUUUGUUCAUAAUCAGAUUCAGGCCAUCAAAUUUUGGUUGCUUCAAGUGCAAAACGGAUUUCAAAAGGAAUGUUCGGCGUCUGUUUUCGAUGAGUGGUUUGAUUGUCUUCUGCAGGUUCUAGCCCACUGGUUUCCACAUGUUCAUCAAGACGUUAUCUACACUCUUUUAAACCCGAAUUCAUCAUUGAUGAAGCUACGCUGGGUCUAUCCAUUUAAUUCACGAUUUCAUUCCGAUUUCAUGGACCUAAUCCGGUUUUUCUUCAGCUCAACAUCUGAGAAAGAAGAGUCUUCUUUGAUUCACCAGAUUACCUCCGAAAUUGGCCUCAUGAUUUCUUUCAUAUUAUUGUCACCAAAUAACGCUAUAAUUUCAAAAAUUCAUCCCCAGAGAAAAAAUUUCUCAAUCUUUAAUGUGGUUCAGGAAAAUCAGGAAUUUCAUUCACUCCUCGAAAGUUUACGAUUAUCUCUGGAAAAACCAGACAUUCAAUCGAAAAGUCACAUCCUUGAUGAGAGGUCUGCAAUGUUAAUACUUACUUUUGAUAUUGAGAUUCUAUCUGAACUUGCUUGUGCGUGGGGUCACGCUGGAGAAGUAUUUUUGACCCUCUACGUGAUUAUCAACAAGAUCAUUGAGCAUGACUAUUUUGAAGGUGUUAUCAUGAACCUUUUGUUGAACACGUUACGCAGGACUUCUAAGAGUGAGGACUAUUUUAUUGAUAAUUCGAAGGGGAAAGAUCUAGUGGCCCCAACUUUUCUUGCCAUGAUCACGAUUAUUUUGACUUUCUUACAAAAUCAGAGAGAGCUGUCGUUCAAUUCUCUGUCAUUACUUCUUGAGUGGACACGAGAUAUUUUGUUAUUUUGCAAAAACCAUCAAUUUUCUUCAAUUGAAUCCAAGUCAGAGAUUCAGAAAGAAAUCAGUCAAAUAAUUUGCAUUCUUGCUGAUAUAUCAGGAAUUGCUAAAAAUAUCAACAUACGAUUACAAAUACCUAAAAUAAUUGGAUAUUAUUUUGACGUGUUUGGAACCCUGCAUCUGCGAGAAGAAGUGUUUUCGAAAAUAAUCGAUAGGUAA